AUGACGAUAGCUUUGGACAACGCCGUUCGAGCAAACUUAUUCUCUCCACUAAUGUGGACUACGAAGGUGUUUGGUAAUAUAAGCGAAGUAUAUGAACUACCGUCCUACAACAGACACAUCAGGAUUAUCUCCAUGGCUGUCACUUUCACUCUGUCUUUCAUUGGCAACCUAGCAGUUCUGCACAAAAUCUGCUGCAGCAAAAGCAAGAGGCGGAAAAAUGAUUUUCUCGUCAUAAACCUGGCUGCUGCGGACUUCUAUGUGUGUAUCAUGAGCUUGGUUUCUCAGAUCUUUGGGGAGAUGUUGGAAGGCGAGUGGCUGACUGGUGAUCUUACCUGCAAACUGUUCAGAGUUUUUCAGGCCUUUGGACUGAUUGGUUCUUCCAACAUUGUAGCGAUUAUCGCCUUGGAAAUGCACCACGUCCUAGUCAAACCAGUGGAUUCUCCGUUUCCCACCAAGGUCUUAACCCUCGUGUCAUGGAUUUGUGCUGUAAUGCUCGCAUUUCCUCAAGCCUUCGUCUUCAAAGAGAUAAUACAGGGAGAAAGCAAGAAGUGCCUUGCUGCCUUUGACCAGAUCCCCAGAUGGCAUUUCCAGAUGUAUGUGAUAUAUGGAGUUACUACCGUCUUUGUAGCUCCGUUUUGCAUCAUGUGUGUGGCGUUCACAAGAAUCCUAAGGACCAUUUGGAGGAGAGCGUCGCUAAUCAAAGAUUGCAGGCCAAGUAGAAAUGGUGACCGAAAGCUGCACAAUCGGUCAAUUCCAAUCGUGGCUUUCAAAGGUUCAAUUCCAAGGAUCAAAAUAAGGACGCUGAAGAUGACCCUAGUAAUUAUUAUACUCUUUAUAGUUUGCGGAUUGCCUUAUUUUAUCAUCGAGAUGACAGUUGCCUUUGGGGCAAUGACCGAGGCAGACGCCGAAAUGAUCGCAGUCCUCGGGAUCCUCAUGGUUUUCAACAGAGCAGUCAACCCAUAUGUCUACCUGUUCUUCAAGACAGACAACAUCCACUUGAAGCGAAUGGAAAAGCUAGUGUGCUUCUCUUGCCUAAAGGAUAUCAGAGAGGACACAUUCCACAGGGAAUUGUGCGCAGUUGGGAAACAGGUGAGGCAAGCCAGCAUCAUCGCGUCCGAGGAUGACAUCGUCCAUCAUUUAGAUGUUGUCAACCCCACAUUACCCAAGUGUGAAACCGCCUCUUGUGAUAGUUCUGUGAAGAGACUGAAGAAAGGUUCUGAUCCGAAACGUCACCUAUUCAUAUUCUCCAGAGACGUUGUCUAG